UGCAUGGCCCGGAAACGAAAUAGGACAGCUUUCGGAUGCUUUGAAAAUGAAUUCCAAAGUUUUUCUCAAUAUUUUACUUUCUCUGUUAAUGUCAUGCCAUAUAUAUGCAAUAAACGUGAACAUUGAUACAACAAAAAUUCACUCCGUUGUUAAUGAAAAGUUUAUUAAUGUUGCUAUCGACUCUGGAAUAGUGAAAAACCACUGGGAAAAAUUUCGUCCCAACUCAACGAGGGUAAAGACCCUAGCUGCAGGGUUAGCUCCAAGCUACAUGAGAGUUGGAGGCACUGGUGCAGACUUCCUCAUUUUUGUAAAUGACAAAUUGUCAACAAGUAAAACCAGUUACAAAAGUCUGAAAAAUGAAGACUCAACCAGAAGUCAACAAAAAUUAAAAAUAGGAAAUGCUGCAGCAAAUGUUAUGGAGAUGGAAAUCCAGCGGAGGAGGAAAAGAGAUGUUGGCUAUUAUGACGAGCCUUUCACCAACUUUACUAUGACUGCUUCAUUUUAUGACCAGAUACACAAGUUCGUAUCAAGUGUAGGUUGGGAUUUAAUCUUUGACUUGAACUCAUUACUACGCAAACCAAGUGGUGCCUGGGAUGCAACCAAUGCCAUAGAGCUCAUAAACUAUACAGUACAGUCAGGAUACAAGAUGGGUGGCUGGGAAUUGGGAAAUGAGCCCGACGAGUACACCGGUGUUGUAAUUAAACACAAGCUUGUGCCACCAGAACAGUUGGCCAAAGAUUUUGCACGUGUUAAGAAACUUGCAAGAAGUCACCCUUCAUUUAAGGACUGUCAGAUAAUUGGGCCUUCAUUAGCCUCUAUGACAGACUAUUGGAGGAAAGGAUUUUUCUACAGCUUCCUGAGCUCUGGUGGGGGAGAAGCGGUAACAGCAGCAACAUUUCAUCAGUACUAUGAAGAUGGAGCAGUAGCCAAACUUGAAGAUUUCUACAAUCCUGAUAUCCUCAAUAUACUGUAUGAUGAGAUUCAAACCGGCGUGAACCUGACCAGGGCAGCAGGGUCCCGUGCCAAGGUGUGGCUAGGGGAGACAAGCUCAGCAUGGAGGGGAGGGGCUCCUGGGCUAUCUGAUAGAUAUGUGGCAGGAUUUAUGUGGUUGGACAAGCUAGGAAUGUCAGCGAGAGAUGGUAUUGAUGCUCUAAUCAGACAGACAUUCUACGGAGGUCACUAUUCUCUUUUAGAUCAUGAGACAUGUGAUCCAAACCCUGACUACUGGUUGACACUGCUGUACAAGCUACUUGUUGGGAACAAAGUGCUGAGAGUUACCUCCCCUGAUAGUAGAGGGAAAGUGAGAGCAUAUGCCCACUGUACAGAAACUAGGAAGUCAGGUUAUUCUGCUGGCAGUCUGACAGUGUAUGUGAUGAACCUUGACCAGUCUCCUGUCAGUAUUGAAUUCCCAAAGUUCUCAAGCAGCACAAAGUUUGAUGUGUACAAUAUGCUUGGAAAGGAGAACAGCAUAUUAUCACACUAUGUGGAUCUCAAUGGAGUUACAUUACAGCUGGUAGAUGAUAAGACGUUACCAGACUUACUACGUCCCGUGACAACCACAUCUACUGUCAGCAUUCCAGCAAUGUCAUACAGCUUCAUUGUUAUACCGGACGCUCAACUACCUGUUUGCAUGUAGAGAUCAGAUCUGUUUCAAACAAGAAUCUCCGUUAGAUAGUCUUGUGGCAUAGCUACACACCGUUUUCUGCCCAAUGAGACAAGAAUAUUUCAGAUUAAAUACCGAUGUGAGAAAUUCUUUUUAACGUAUCUCGUCUCCCUCUGUUGGUUGACUACAUUACCUUACUACAUCUUAAGAUAGAACCUCAGUUUCUUUAAACUUAAUUCUAUGUCCUUUAUAUUAAAGAAAGACAACUGAUGUCUUAGUAUAAUCAAGUACUGUCUGUAAUUAUUUCCCUUUGGACUAUCACACUUAAUUGGAAAAUGAAAACUGGUUUAGACAGUAUAAUGCAUUUUUGUACUUUUAUCACAACAAAGACAAUAACGAUACAUGUAUAUUAAUCUCUUCUUUAUUUACCUUUGCUUCACUGCUUUAGACAUUUUUGUCAGUUUAUUAGCUCGACUAUUCAUAGAAUAGUAGAGCUAUUGGACUCGCCCAUGCGUCGGCGUCUGCAUUGGCGUCCGCGUCCCGAUUUUGGUUAAGGUUUUGUAUGUAAGCUGGUAUCUCAGUAAUCACUUGUGGGAAUGGAUUGAAACUUCACACACUUAUUCACUGUGACAAACUGACCUACAUUGCACAGGUUCCAUAACUCUAUUUUGCUUUUUUUACAAAAUUAUGCCCCUUUUUCAACUUAGAAAUUUUUGGUUAAGGUUUUGUAUGUAAGCUGGUAUCUCAGUACUUACUAAUGGGAAUGGAUUGAAACUUCACAUACUUGUUCACUGUCAUGAUCUGACAUGCACUAAGCAAGUCCCGUAACUCUACUCUUUUUUUUUCAAAAUUAUGCCCCUUUUUCGACUUAGCAGUUUUUGGUUAAAUUUUUGUAUGUAAUCUGAUAUCUCAGUAUCCACUAAUUGGAUUGGAUUGAAACUUCACACACUUGUUCACUGUCAUGAUCUAACAUGCACUGUGAAGGUCCCAUAACUCUACUUUGCAUUUUUACAAAAUUAUGCCCCUUUGACUUAGCAGUUUUUGGUUAAGUUUUUGUAUGUAAGCUGGUAUCUCAGUAUCCACAAAUUGGAAAGGAUUGAAACUUCACACACUUGUUCACUGUCAUGAUAUGACAUGCAGUACAGAGGUUCAAUACCUCUAUUUUGCAUUUUACAAAAUUAUGCCCCUUUUUCGACUUUUGUAUUCAUUCAAUUGACAAGGCUGUUGAAUAAUCGAGCGUUGCUGUCCUCCGACAGCUCUUGUUUUUUAAAUGAAUUCAUUUCUCAGACUAUAUCUACAAGUUGAUGACUUCAUUUUAUAUGAUGUCACUAUUAUAGUCUGGAACAUUAUUCCAGUUAUGCGGCUCUUAGAAUAAUAGGUUAAAUACAGUCGGAACUUUUAAUUUUCUAUAAGUUGUGGUUAAAAUCCCUUCCUUGGAACCUGCCCGCCCGCUUAGCUCAGUAGGUAAGAGCGUUGGUCUACGGAUCGGAGGGUCGUGAGUUCGAUCCUCGGGCGGGGCGUAUGUUCUCUGUGACUUUUUGAUAAACGACAUUGUGUCUGAAAUCAUUAGUCCUCCACCUCUGAUUCAUGUGGGGAAGUUGGCAGUUACUUGCGGAGAACAGGUUUGUACUGGUACAGAAUCCAGGAACACUGGUUAGGUUAACUGCCCGCCGUUACACGACUGAAAUACUGUUGAAAAACGGCGUUAAACCCAAAACAAACAAACAAAAUCCUUGGAACCUUGUUUUUGGAAGCAAUCUUGACCUAAAGAUGUUUCCAAUCCACAACUGGAGGUAUCAUGGUACAGUUAUUCUUAUUUUUGUUGUUUGGUUUAACGUCACAUGACACAAUUAUAGCUUAUAUGGCGACUUACCACUUGUUGUUUAGGAAUAAGAUUAUCAUCUUUACUGGAUGCUUUAGCCUUGAUGUAACAAAUAUAGUUGGGGAUCGUGACAAAACUGUAACACACAGAUAUUUACACAUUCAGUCAUACAAAAAGUAUCAACAGAAUCGCAGAGUGAAUUGAAUAGCCCACCAUCUGAUGAUGGUGGGCUAAAAAUAUGUACAAUGUUUUGAUUUGUGCCAUGGGGUGUGUAAGGGAAUUAAUUUUGAUUAGAAAAUAAUAAAAGAUAAUUGAUUUCUCUGUUCUUUUUUUGAACAAUUUGUGUGUCACCACAGAAAAAAUAUAGUUGAUUUGAAAUUAGAUAAAAAUGAUAUAUUUCAGUCAGACUGUGAUAGUUAGUCGACAAAAUAUUUCCUGUCAGUUAUUUUUCGAACAGAAGAUUUAUGGACUUUUCAGCUUUUAUAUAGGUAGGUUGAGUGGCAGUGCAUGACAUGCUACGAUACAUAUGGGUGUGCAUGUAAUCUGUGAUGCAGAUGCAUAGCCAAAAAAAUCGGGUGCCUGUGGUUAUUUCUGGUCAAGUAUCUAUUGUGUCAGUGUUUUGUCUGUCAGUGUUUAGUUAUAAACUCUUUACUGUAUGAAAUGUGUUUUGUAUUGCAACAGUUAGUUUGUGCCAUAGAAAAGAAGAGCGUAUAUUUUUAAUGGAAUAUAGUAAAUUUUGUAUGUGCUAAGAUUUUUGUGUCCCAGGUUGUAAGAUGCGGUAUUACAAAGGAAAAUGUGAACUUUACAGAAAGGAGUUGUCAUAAGUUGAACUUACUACAGAGCUUGAAUUGAUAUAACUUAUUUUCUUUUAUGCCACCAUUGUUAACCGCUUAUAGUUUUCAGUGUGAUAUGUAACAUUCAUUAUAUACCAAUUGUUUCUCAUUACGUUUUCUUAUUUAUAUACAUUGAUAGCUGUUUGGUUAAAUUAGCUACAAAUUUACCAGUCAACAUCACAUUGUUGGAACAGAGAAUGAUGUCCUGGUAAAGCUCUGGAAUUUAAUCAUUUACAUUCCAUUAAGAUACUGUGGUCUUCUUGUAGGUAAAUUUUUAUAGAUUGCCUAUGGAUAUUAUUGUAUGAUAUACUCGCAUUAAUGUAAAUAUUACAUGAAUUGUGCAAUUUUGUUUAUCAGUUGGUGCAAUUUUAAUAGCUCUGUGGAAACGCAACAAUACCUGCAUAAUAAACGGUCAAACCUGUACUAAGCAGGCAGUCAAGGUAGAAACACAAUCUGGCUGUUUAAGACAAGUGGCUGCAUAAGGCAGGUGGUUGCUGCAGACAAGUUGAUACCAGAAAGAAGUCAGUAUGGGAAGUAAGCUUAUUAGCUGCUGAAGGCAGAUGGCUGCUUAAUACUUGUGACCACUUAGACAAGUUGAUCUAUUGUUGUAUUACAGUUAUUUUAGUCAGAACUGUCCAAUAUUUUUAAUAUCACUUUAUUCAUUUGAUUUUAAACCAACAGUCAAACUUUGUUCUCUUGAACUUGGAUAAAUCGAAUACCUCUCUUUGCUCUAACUCACCAUCAGACAGCCCGCCCACUUAGCUCAAUAGGGAGAGUGCUGAUCUACGAAUUGCAGGGUCGUGAAUUUGAUCCCAGGCAGGGCGUAUGUUCUCCGUGAUGAUUUGAUAAAAGACAUUGUGUCUGAAAUCAUUCGUCCUCUAUCUCUGAUUCAUGUGGGGAAGUUGGCAGUUACUUGCGGAGAACAGGUUUGUACUGGUACAGAAUCCAGGAACAUUGGUUAGGUUAACUGCCCACCGUUAAAUAACUGAAAUACUGUUGAAAAACGGUGUUAAACCCAAAACAAACCAUCAGGCCCUGGCAAGAUCCCUCUAUAAUGUAUAUUGUUCUAUGACUCGAACUACUGCUAACUCGAACAAAGUAAAGUUCAAGCGAACAAACUGACUGUAUUUUAGUUGUAUUUGUACAUAAAUUUUAGACAGAAAUAUUUAUAUUGUAUGAAUUGAAUACAUGGUAACAUACCUGGAUAUUGUAGUCAGUGUUUUUGUCUAACAUACUAUGAAGUAAUUAAUAUUCAUUGAUGACUAUUUUUUAUUGAUUUUUAUUUAUUUUACUUUCGUCAGUCAAGAAAAUAUUGCAUCUGGUAUUUACUCCGAGACAGGUAUUAUGAUCUCAAACUGAAAUAAACAUUUUUUAUAUCUGUCAAGAGGUGGUGUUAUCAGAUGCAGUAAGUUCACAAGUGACCUGGGUACAGUAAAAAUGAAAGAUGCUUUUGAAAAUUCCAAGGGAUGAUGAGUUUUACUUUAAGAUAACCGAAAUUUGACUUAAAAUAAUAUAGUUUCCAACUAUACAUUGUUUAUAUGUGAAAGAUUGUUGAUCUGGCAGGUAAAACAAAUUUUAUAUUCAUUUUUUUUUUCAUCAGUUUACCUAAAUUUUACCAAAUGGAUAGCCCAACAGGUAAAAAAUGUACUCGAUAUUUUUCAUUGUGAAAUUCAAUAAUUCUGUGAAGAACACUUAUGCAUGCAUAAGUUAUAAACUUAUGGUUACAGAUGUCAAAAGUUUGAUUAUCCCAGGAGAUAGAGAGGUAGUAUAUGUGAGCACAUGUGUAAUAAAUCCCUGUACACAACAAUUAGGAAUUCUUACUUAUAUGUAUACCAGUAUAAAUAUAAAAUUCUAACCUCCCCUGUUUGCAGAGGUGAGGAGAUUAUCAGUUUUAGUGAGAUAUUUACACAGUUCUCUAACAAAGCAUAAUUUUGUUGUAACAUUUUCUAGAUAUAUGUACAGUUGAAACUCGUUAUCUCAAACUCUCUCAUGUAAAAAUUCCAGGUAUCUCCUGCCCCAAAAACAUGUGCUCAAAAUAUCUUUUUAAGUUGACUUUCUGUUAUCUCAAAGUAAAAUGCUCGAUCCUUUGUAAUUGGAGAUACCGAGGUUUCAGCUGUACUCGCUUACUCUGAAUCAAGGUUACUCUUCAGUUUCUUUAUGUUGUUUAUGUGAUUUUAUAUUUCUAUAUACUGCAAAUAAAAUUCUUACCAAAA